UUAAGAGCUCACGAGAAACUAUUUUUUUUUCUGAAGCUAUUGCCUUUGCUGCUAACAGCUUUUUUUUUGGCAUGCAGUGGAACAUCAAAUGAAGGCCGCAUUGGCUGAUCAAAACAUUAGCGUUUCAACUUCCAUCAUGCAAGAGCGAAAAUGACUGUAGCCACAAGUUCACAUAGCUACCAGGCACCGCAGGACACUCCUGCAUUUUAGACUUCAAGAAAUUGUUUUUGUCCGGUGCUUAUUGAAUUAAUGGAUACAUUUGGUAGGCAUUGUCAAAAAUGGUGACUUACUGUGCGGUGCUUGACUUCAACAAUACAGGUGGAAGAGCCAAGGAAAAAGUCAGGCUGUGGCUUUCACGAAUCAGCAGAGCUGAACUCGAUUAGUCUGUGUUUUUUCUGAAUACUUCAUUGAAGAUGUUCAUCAGCACACAUGAUGGAUUAGUGCUGCUAAACGGAUGUGUUUUCAGAACCUGAAGAUACUACUGCCCCUCAAUGUUUAAUUCGACGUUUAACUUGUCUUACAAUACACCACACAAAGACAUGCAUCUGUGUCUCACUGCUGAAAGCUCUUGCAAUAAUGUGUCCUUAUCUCCGUCACUGGAAUCCUCAAACACUAUCGCUAAUCAUAGUGAUGGAGAAGCCGGCAGCUCCCUUGAUAUCAACAUGCUGGAUUCCUUCCAAAGCAAAGCGUCGCUUGUAAAUAACAUUCAAAGCACUUCCUUACUAGACGGUAAUUCAUUCUGUAACACAACUAUGAGCCUGUACCAAGCAUGCAUCCCCACAACUCUCGAUAACCAUGCGGAUUUCUGCAAUACAAGUUUGAGUGCGCAAGGCAAUCAAGACACAAAGGAGUCUCAAUCUUUUAAUCUGACCAAGAGGAAUGCGUGGGACAGUAUUAUGACAUCUUCCGACUAUGCUGCAGAAGGCCAACUGAUUUCAUGUGAAACCUCUCAAAGGGGAUCGAUUGAGAAUGCUAGCUGCUCCUUGAGCUCUGGUGAAAUGGUGUUAAGAAGAAACAGUUUUUGUUUAGCAGAGCAGUCCCCCUUGGUAUUUUCUUCCCUUGAUGAAUCAUCCAUCUCACCAUCUGCAGGGCAUGGAGCAUUGCAUAAUGAAUCUAAUAUACUGACCACACCCACCCUGUCAGAUUUGUGUGAAAAAAAUACUGAGAACUCAGGGCAUCCAUACCUUGGCAUGACUUUCACACUGUCUGAUAACUGUGAGCUCCCCGUUGAGGCAGACUCCUUAAGUGUGGCUACAUUUCCUAUGGUUAUGCCAACUGAAAAUUAUGGGGGUCUUCAGAUAACUUUUGUUUGCGAAGACACUCACGAUAAUAAAAAACAAUUGCCAUUGCCUUGUGUUGAAUCUGAGCCACUGGGACAUCUCCUUGGAGGCGUCACACCAGAAAAAUGUAUCACCUUUGAGCCCAGUCUGUCAACUAUACAGGACAGGGAUAAGGAUGGUCAGACUUCCACACCGGUACUAAACAUUGGGGGGGAAAUGCUUCCUUCCCUUUCAGAGUCCCUUUGCUCUGAAAAUGCAUGCAGUCCAAUAUUAUUCCACAACGAACGGCAUCAUACAUAUGCCACUCCUACAAAGCACUGUGUUGUAGGACUGUUUCCAUCUGCCAGAAAAGUAAAGAAAAUGGAAAUUAAUGUUCCUAAAUCAGAAUUGAGUUAUAUAAACUCUAAAGUUCUGACAAGAACUGUGCACAAAACAAUUGAGUCAGGAUCAUCUCCACAGCAGAAACAAAUCCAAACAAAUGUGCUCAGGAAAUGCACUGAACGUCCAACUGGAACUAGCAGAAUUAGUCCAAAUAAAGUAAGAAAUAACAAUGCUUUUGUUUCUGUCUCUACUAAAAGAGCAAACAAUGCUCAGAGACAAGUAAAUUCAAAGGCUGCUCAAUUGGCUGUUGCAACCAUACUGUCACCUGAGAAGACUCUGGGCAGUGGAAAAUGCAAUAGUAGCAUGUCUACUGCAGCAAUGAAAUCUGCUCCUGUAGCCCAAUGCAGCAAGGCCAGCACAGACACGGAGCAAACCACUUUAAACAAAGUGGCAGACCCUCCAGCUCAGUGCGCUAGCAACCAAACUUUCUACUCAUCAUCCCUUGAAAAAUCUCCCGAUAAAAGUUUCCAGAAAGAUCAGAAACCAACUCCAAAGAAAAAUGCAUCAAACAAAAUUGAAAUCAAGUCAGCUUCAGCUUUGCGUCAGGUCAAGACACGGCCUCGAUGUUCAUCAGAGAGUUUGCCUUCAUCUCGGCCACCCAGGGAAAGGAAUACAGUUUCUAAGUUAUCAACUCCCAUUACAAUUUCAAGACAUGAGAAACGAACAAAAUCAGUGACCCUAAACAACUCUUCUCAGAGUAAACUGACCUCACCGACUGAAUCCUCUAAAAGACCUGCAGUAAACUAUCCUAGAGAGGUUAAUAGGAUCAGCCUAGUGACAGACUCUGGCAGGGCAGGGGCAGCCUCUUCAGAAAACAGCAGAAACCGAGGACAGACAUUCCCAAACCAGCCAAGAGGGACAUAUGUUUCGCAUCCUCCCGUUGCCAGUCCUAGGCCUUCUACUCAGUCUAUUAGGGAGCGACCAGGAACUAAUUGUGCGGUUGAUUUCAGGGUGUCGAAACGUGUAGGCACCCCACAGUCCAAGCAGAAUAGUAUUGCAGGGAGUAAACGGACUCCAACAACAAAAGAACCAGUCUCAGCAGAAAGUGUCAAGCCCCAACUGAAUGUAUCCAAACCUCCUCAAACUCCCUUGCGUCCAUCUUGUAUGGGCCCUCUCCCUUCUCCUGUCUCACGACUACCUCGCAAGACCCUGGUGCCAUCCAGGAGCCUAAACAAAGAAAGCAUUCAUAGUAAUCAAGAUGGCGCAGCAAGAACACAAGUUUCUGGGUUAGCUGCACAUAAACAAACCCCUGUUAAGACUGUUGUACUGAAAGCAAGAGUCAUACCAACUCCUGGAAGGUGGACUAGACCAAUUGUAGCCACAACAAACACACCAGCUGCUAAUGACAACAAAGGUACUUCUACUCUGAGUCCGCUAAAAAGAACAGCUGCUUCUAGAUAUGUUCGUCAAACACCACGUAAGGCCGUCGAAAAUAAGCCCAAGACAUCUUGCCGGCAGCAAGUGUCAACAUCCCAAACCAAACAGAAUACUGGACCUCCAGAUGUCGUGCCACCCAUUCUCCCACGGGAUGAUCGAAAUAAACAGAGGAUCCACAAUCUUGGGCGACUCCUUGCAGCAUCCAACUGCAGAUUUGAAGCCAUUACUAUCAUCUUGCAGCAAACACUGACUGAGCGUGAUGAAGCCACAGAGCAGUGCAGAGAACUGUCUCAGGAGUUGGUCAACCUCCGAGGAGAGCUGGUGUGCUCAGUCAGUUCAUCUGAACAGCUGGAAAAGGAAAAGCAGGACUUGCAGGAUGCCUUGGAGUGUGCAAUGGGCAGACUGCAUGAACAGCACCAGAAGGAGCUGGAAGAGAUGGAGCAGAGACUGCAAGUCUUCUACCAGGCUGAGUGUGACAAGGGCCACCUUAGCUACCAGGAAGAGGCAGACAAGGUCAAAGCUCUGCUCCAGAAGCAGAUGGAGCAUCUUGAAGUCAGUCAUGACGCCACAAAGCUGGAGUUAGAGCACUGCCAAGUAGAACAGCUGCAAUGUGUUAAGCAACAACAUGAGCAGUCACUGGAAGAGCUCAGGAAAAGCCAUACACUGCAGAUGGAGUCUUUGAAUGCAAGUUUGAAGGAUGCACAAGCGGCACUCUCUGCACGGAUUCAAGUGCUGACUCAGGAAAAUGCUGACCUGAUGGAGAAGCUAACAGCAGAGGAAAACAAACGGAGCGAGCUGGCAGAAAGUCAGAAGGACUCGCACACUUUGUAUCUGGAGCAAGAGCUGGAAAGCCUGAAAGUGGUGUUGGAUAUCAAAAACAAACAACUUCACCAACAGCAGGAGAAGAUUAUCAAAAUUGACGAACUGCUUGAGAAAAAUGUAAAGUUAGAUGAGGGCCUUAAAAAGGUCCAGCAGGAAAAUGAGGACCUCAAGGCACGCAUGGAGAAAUAUGCCACUCUCUCUCGGAAACUGUCUGCAGAGCAGGCCGUGCUACAGGAAUCCCUCCAGAAGGAGUCCAAGGUGAACAAGCGUUUGUCGAGGGAGAAUGAAGAGCUGCUCUGGAAACUCCAAAACAGUGACCCGAGCAGCCCCCAGAAGGUGUCCCCCAACACCUCUACAUCUCCUUCUCACUCCUUCAGCUUCCAGUCGUCCAGCUGCUCCGGCGCCUGCUCUGUUCUCCCGCUCUCACACAGAUAACGACGGUUCCCUGCUUCCCAGAAGCAGACAGACUCAUUGAAGUUGGCCCUCUUAAAGGUCAACCUGGUGACCUAUUGGUGGCGCAACAAAUCAGCCUGUGGGGGUGGGGUCAUUUUUUCAUGAUGAACGCUGACAUGAUCUAGACAGACACACAAACUAAAAAUUAUGCACACAAGCACUUAGGAAGCAAGGCCAUGUUGUUGUUUGGCUAGCUAGA